AUGAUGUCAAGACAGGCUUUUCUCUGUAGUUUGGGAUCUCUCUAUUUGUCCCUUCUGUUUGUAUUUCUCCUAAUGGAUGUUUAUGCAAGGCCUGCAAAUAAUUCAGCCCUCAAAGAGAAACCAGCUGACAGUAAAGAUGAGAACGAGAUCUUACCCCCAGAUCACUUGAAUGGGGUCAAAAUGGAGAUGGAUGGACACCUCAACAAAGAAUUUCAUCAAGAAGUUUUUCUAGGAAAAGAGAUGGAAGAGUUUGAGGAGGAUUCAGAACCCAGAAAAAACAGGAAGAAGCUCAUGGUCAUCUUCUCAAAGGUGGAUAUAAACAAUGACAAAAAGAUAGGUGCCAAAGAGAUGCAACGCUGGAUCAUGGAGAAGACAGAUGAACACUUCCAGGAAGCUGUGGAAGAGAAUAAAAUGCACUUCCGAGCUGUGGACCCCGAUGGGGAUGGCCACGUGUCCUGGGAUGAAUAUAAAAUUAAAUUUUUGGCAAGUAAGGGCUUUAAUGAAAAAGAGAUUGCAGAGAAGAUCAGGAACAAUGAAGAACUGAAAAUAGAUGAAGAAACACAGGAAGUUUUAGAUAACCUGAAGGACCGGUGGUACCAAGCUGACAACCCACCUCCUGAUCUGUUACUGAAUGAAGAAGAAUUCUUGUCCUUCCUUCAUCCAGAGCAUAGCAGGGGAAUGCUGAAGUUCAUGGUGAAAGAAAUCAUCCGAGAUUUGGAUCAAGACGGAGAUAAGAAACUCACCCUUUCAGAGUUCAUCUCAUUACCUGUUGGUACUGUAGAGAACCAGCAGGCUCAGGAUAUUGAUGAUGACUGGGUCAAAGACAGAAGGAAGGAGUUUGAGGACGUCAUUGAUGCUAACCAUGAUGGUAUUGUCACAAUGGAAGAGCUGGAGGAAUACAUGGAUCCUAUGAAUGAAUACAAUGCCCUAAACGAAGCGAAGCAAAUGAUUGCAGUAGCAGAUGAAAACCAAAACCAUCACCUAGAGCUGGAGGAGAUCCUGAAAUACAGUGAAUACUUCACAGGCAGCAAGCUGAUGGACUAUGCACGCAACGUCCACGAGGAGUUCUGA